CCUAUACUGACUCACAGGAAAGGUUAACGGAUUGCCAGUCACCUUCCAUGAGAAUCAUUCAAAAAUUCACAGGCCAGAAUUCACAAAUAUUUUAGAAGAUAAGAGGAGCAUCAGAACUGGACAUCAGCCUUGAAACAAGGAGAGGUUUGCAAAAGAAAUAAUAGGGGAAAUCCAAAUUCUACAAAAAGUUAAAAAGUGAAAAAGGUGCCCAGAACAAAAGAACGAGCCUCAUGACCUCUCUGCCCCCUUUGGAUGUGGGAAAAGAAUAUUAUAAAUACAACGGAACUAGAGUCACAAAUGGCAAUGACACAUUUUAUAUUGACUUCUUCCUCUGUGAUUUUGGAGAAUGCAAAUAUAUGAGGAGCUUUGCCUUUCUCAUCUCCACUUUUGGACUUGUGGGGAAUGGGAUUGUCAUCUGGCUUCUUGGUUUCUGCAUGAAGAGGAAUCCUUUCACAACACUCAUUCUGAAUUUGGCUGUUGCUGACUUUGGGGUCCUCAUAUACAUAGUUAUUGAUUGUACUCUUUAUAUAAUGUCUUUAUUUUCAAACAAAGAUCCAGUUUCAUGUGGGCAUUUUUUGGAGGUAAAGGUGACAUUCCUCAAUAUCUUUUUCUUCUUGCAAUUCACUGGACAACUUCUACUGACAACCAUCAGCAUUGACAGAUGUGUUUCUGUCUUCUUUCCAGUUUGGCACAGAUGUCACCGCCCGACCUAUAUGUCUUUUACUGUAUGUGCCUUCCUAUGGAUCACUUCCUUCGUGUUCUCUCUAAUUCCCUACAUUCACAUUCUAACUUUUCAAUAUGAAAUAUUCUACAUUGUGUUUGCUGUAACUCCCUUGCUUUGCUUCCCACUCAUGAUUAUCUCUUCUCUUAUGCUCUUCAUCAAAGUCCUCUAUAAGUCACCAAAACAUAAACAGAGAAAGGCCUUAACAGCCAUCGUCUUUACUCUUCUCUUCUUCAUUAUAUUUGCUUUUCCAGUUACUGCUUCUCUUUUCGUCAUGUUUGUAAUUCCCAUUCUAUCGUAUUAUGGUGUGAUUCACUAUUUGUUCCUGGGUGCAUCUCUAAACAGCAGUGUUAACCCCUUCAUUUAUUUCCUGGUUGGGACAAAGGGAGGCCAAAGAAGGGAGGAGAUGAAAAAUAUCCUUCAAAGGCUUUUCAAGGAAGAGCAUGGAGCAGAAACAGACUCCCCAGCUUAA